UGGAACGCCACAGAGAAGUCCAGGGAGGAAUGUGGACAUUCCGAAUCUAAACAAGAGCAGGCAGAAACUGGAGGCGAUCAGCAGGUUGCCAAUCAACAGAGCACAGUGGUACCGGGAACCUCAGUAAAGAAGGGGACCAAACGGAAAAGGUCUGCCAAGCAUAACGAAGAGUCCUGCCCAAAGAAGGCGGCAGAAUGCAAUGAAGAGCCCAAACCCCGGAAGAAGAUACCAAUUCCUCCCUUACCUGCCACACUGCCCCCGGUGAAUCUGCUUCACCGGGACAUUGUACGGGCCUGGUGCCAGCAAUUAAAGCUGAGCAGCAAAGGCCAGAAAUUGGAGGUAUAUAGACGGUUAUGUGAAUAUGCAUAUCCAAAUCAAAAGGAUAUUCCUUCCACAGCCAAGGAGGCCAAGAUCCGGGUAUCAUCCAAAAGAAAAUCAAAUGUAGAGAAGAAGGAAAUGUCCCUGAAAAGUUCAGGGCAAAGGCUGUGUUGUGAAGGGACUGAUCUUCCUGCAGUAUGUCCUCCCCCUGAGGAGGGGUUGCCUGCCCUAGAGUCUGCCUCUCUCCUUGAGGGAGUUAAUACAGUUGUGGUGACAACUUCUGCCCCGGAGGCUUUGUUGGCUUCCUGGGCGAGAACUGCAGCCAGGGCUGGGUCAUCCGUGGAGGCAGUGGAAUCUCCACAGGAGAAC